CCCACCAAGGCGCACAGUCCUCAGAGCUCCGCUCACUGGCCACACGUCCCAGCCAGCCUAGCGAUCCUGCCGCGCCUCCGGCUAAGACCUCACCAAAAUGCCAUCUCAAAUGGAACACGCCAUGGAAACCAUGAUGUUCACAUUUCACAAAUUUGCUGGGGAUAAAGGCUACUUAACAAAGGAGGACCUGAGAGUACUCAUGGAAAAGGAGUUCCCUGGAUUUUUGGAAAAUCAAAAAGACCCUCUGGCCGUAGACAAAAUAAUGAAAGACCUGGACCAAUGCCGAGAUGGCCGAGUGGGCUUCCAGAGCUUCUUUUCGCUUAUUGCGGGGCUCACCAUCGCGUGCAAUGACUAUUUUGUAGUACACAUGAAGCAGAAGGGAAAGAAGUAGGCAGCUGAGCUGCUACUUCACCCCUGAUAAAGAGUUCUCCCAAGGGUCACUUAAGGAAUCUCUGCCCCACAGCCUCCCCCUGUAUAACGAUUUCAUGAGCAGAUUGGGUCCCUUAGAAAAUGUACAAAUAAAAUCCCACCCGUUUGACAAGAGAAAGAAAAGCCAAUUAAAGCCAGAUAAGCUUUUGAUUUUUAUAUUGCUUGCAUCCUCUUGCCCUCAAUAAACACAUUUCUUUUUUAGUUCGUAA